CUGGGGUCGUAAAGGGUACUUGGAGCCGUCGCCAUCAUGAGGGAGAUCGUGCACCUGCAGGCCGGGCAGUGCGGGAACCAGAUCGGAGCCAAGUUCUGGGAGGUGAUCAGCGACGAACAUGGUAUCGACCCCACCGGCACCUACCACGGGGACAGCGACCUGCAACUGGAGCGCAUCAAUGUCUACUACAACGAGGCCACAGGUAGUGCAGGCGGCAAGUACGUGCCCCGCGCCGUGCUGGUGGAUCUGGAGCCCGGCACCAUGGACUCGGUGCGCUCCGGGCCCUUCGGGCAGAUAUUCAGGCCAGACAACUUCGUCUUCGGUCAGAGCGGAGCAGGAAACAACUGGGCAAAGGGCCAUUAUACGGAAGGUGCUGAAUUAGUCGAUUCUGUGUUAGAUGUUGUAAGGAAGGAGGCAGAAAGCUGCGAUUGUCUCCAGGGCUUUCAGCUUACUCACUCCCUGGGUGGUGGCACAGGCUCUGGCAUGGGUACCCUUCUUAUCAGCAAAAUCCGUGAAGAGUACCCAGACCGAAUUAUGAAUACUUUCAGUGUCGUGCCCUCCCCAAAAGUGUCAGAUACUGUAGUCGAGCCCUACAACGCCACGCUGUCUGUGCACCAGCUGGUGGAGAACACAGAUGAGACGUACUGUAUUGAUAACGAGGCGCUGUAUGACAUUUGCUUCAGAACACUGAAGUUAACAACCCCCACCUACGGUGAUCUGAACCACCUCGUGUCAGCCACCAUGAGCGGUGUCACCACCUGCCUGCGGUUCCCGGGCCAGCUCAACGCUGACCUGCGGAAGCUGGCAGUGAACAUGGUUCCCUUCCCACGUCUGCACUUUUUCAUGCCCGGUUUUGCCCCGCUCACGAGCCGUGGGAGCCAGCAGUACCGGGCUCUAACCGUGCCAGAGCUCACCCAGCAGAUGUUCGAUGCCAAGAACAUGAUGGCGGCGUGUGACCCUCGUCACGGCCGCUAUCUGACAGUGGCCGCCGUCUUUAGAGGCCGCAUGUCCAUGAAAGAGGUGGAUGAGCAAAUGCUAAAUGUUCAGAACAAAAAUAGCAGCUAUUUUGUUGAAUGGAUCCCUAAUAAUGUUAAGACGGCGGUCUGUGACAUUCCACCUCGUGGCCUCAAAAUGUCUGCCACCUUCAUUGGCAACAGCACGGCCAUCCAGGAGCUGUUCAAACGCAUUUCUGAGCAGUUCACUGCGAUGUUCCGCAGAAAGGCCUUCCUGCACUGGUACACGGGCGAGGGCAUGGACGAGAUGGAGUUCACAGAGGCUGAGAGCAACAUGAACGACCUGGUCUCUGAGUACCAGCAGUACCAGGAUGCCACAGCUGAGGAGGAGGGAGAGUUUGAGGAGGAGGGUGAGGAGGAAGCAGAGUGAAGCUAUGCAGUGGAACACCUGUAAAUUUUGUUUAAAGUUGUAUGAACUCUCUCAUUCAAAAGUUCUGUUUGUGUUGUGUUAUUAUUGCUGUUCCCGAGUCACUCCCGAUGCUGUACAGGCACCAUUAAAGCAGUUUUCAC